GAUGGAUUCCGCCGUGCAGGCUUGGGUGGGCGUCGUUCAGUCGGGGCAUCAGAGAUUACCUGAAUUUGAAGCGGGAGUGCUGUACAUGCAAAGUCUCGCCAGGCUCGCGUGCGGCAUUACCGCUGACAAAUCCAUGUUUAUCUUCAACGGCAUGUCCUAUGCAGCCCAGCACCAGGGCAGGCGAGAAUACUACAACACAUCCUGCGUCGAGGCGCUCCAGGCGGCCGAGAGCGGCGUGCAGGUGUCGCGGAACGGCCCUGUGACGUUCCAGGACUGCAACGACUUGCUGUACCCGUUCGGCGCGCACCUCGUCCCUGUCCGCGAGGCGAUGCUGGACGGGAACUACAUCAUGUCGUUCUACCAGCAGACCACGCACGUUCGCGUCCGCGACGACUGCGCCGAGUGGAACUGCGGCUGCGUCCAGGUGAAGCUGAGGCGAGAUGUUGGGCUGCAGAUUCUUUCGCACUCCUCAGUUGAGUCGAACUUCAUAGCCUACGCGUACUUACUUCCGUCGCACAUCUCUGAGGGCACAUCAAGCUUCUUUCAGUAUCUUGGUGACGGCGAUGAUUCAUGCGGUGACCGCGACGAACCUCGUGCUUCCGUUCCUGCCUGCCCAGCGAACGCGGAUGUUUCCGAAUUUCAUCUUGCAGUCUUGUACAUGAGGCAUCUCGCCACGCUCACGUUCAACAUGUGUUUGGAGGAUGCAGCUUUCGUAUUCAACUCGACCGCCUAUGCUGCCAGAGCUUCAGGGGAUCGCAUGUUUCGAGAGACGUGCUGCGCGGAGACGCUGCAGGCAGCCGGCUACGAUGUUCAGAUUGACAAGGUGUACCUCACUCGGGAUCAGGCUCUGAAGAUGCUAUCGCACUCAUCUGUGUUGGCUGGCUUUAUUCUCCCGAGCCUGCCAUCGUUCCCAGCGUUGUCCGACAUCUCGGAGAACGACGAUGGAAGCUUGGAUUCCCCGCUCGGAGGCGGCUACAGCUCGGGCAAGGGCGCGGGCGAGGCCUCCGCCUCGAGAGGGAGCAAGGGCGAUGCCAAUGUCAAAGAGGAGCUUCCCACCCAGGAGUAUCGAGGGGCAUCGGCAUCCAACGCAGUCAAGGAAGAGCCCGCCGCUGACGGCCAGAAUGGUUCUGAUGUUGCAACUCAAUUAUGCAGGGGCGGAGGUGAUCCGCCCCCCCCGAAGCGCUCCAAAUACGACGGAAUCCGGAACAGAGUCACAUCCGCAGCAAGAUUGGCGGACAGCCUGGGUAGCCUCCUUGCCGAGGACGGGGUCGGCGAGGCUGGCCAGGGACUGGAGCCCGUUGUGGAGGGCCCGCAGCUUCUGUCUCGAGCGCAAGGGCAAUUGCUGGACGUUGCUUCGCUUCUUCCUACCGAUGCCACUUGGGUGGCGAACGCAAGCGACGACCUGCCGGCCACGGUGGCCAAGCGUGUUGCUCGUGAAGAUCUGCUGGCUGCACUUGCCAUCAUCAAAGAGUUGGUGGACGGUACCAUUACGUCUGGCAAGAUAACCCUCACCGACAAACUCUUUUUCGUUUUAUUGAGAUACGGUGAGGUGUAUCGCAGCCACGAUGGUGAAUUGUAUUUCUAUGACCACUCCAUCACGCCGAAAGGCUGGUGGGAGAACAGGAAAGAUUCGAUUGUCGACACGCGGCCGAGUUUGAACAUGGCAGAGGGCAUGUUGUAUUUGAUAUGCCAAGACGUGCCAGAGGUCGGCGACGGGCGAAGGGGGGUCGGGGGAAAGGUGGCCGCGAAGAUUUUUUUCGACGGGGUUCCGCUGGGGAAGCCAUGCUCAGUAAAUUGCACCCAACAUUUCUUCGCGGCUACUUUUGUGCCCCGCCCCCUUUCGCUCGCCCCGGGAAAGGAGCUCGUCUGGUGCUGGGACCACGUGGGCCAUGCGCUUCGACAAGCCAUGUCGACGGCCUUCCACCACGGUACCUCUUUGGUAGAAUUUCCAGGCGAAUGCCGACAGCAGGCGAAGCUAAGCUGGGAUCGGAAUUUGAAGGUGACCAAAGGGAAAAAGUACAUGGCCCAUAGCUUAGCGAAGCUCGCCGAGAUCUUGUCGAACCUUCCAGUCUAUUACGAACAGGAUUCAGCCAGAGGGGCGAAGUCGGACAUCUGGAAGGCGUUCACUGCCAAGCUGAACACAGAUAAGCCCCCGUCACAGGGAUUCGUUUUCGACGACGGCUACAGGGAUGCGAGCAUGGCCCAGGCUGAACCUGAUCCGCAGAAUAACUGCUACUUCCGCGUGCCCUUCAAGUAUGAGGAGGUCAACGUGGCGCUCGCUGAUUGCCCCGUGGUCCGAGGGCGCCAGUAUUCAUUAUCCGACGUGCGGGCGGUGGUUCAUGAUUACAUAGAUUCCUUUUUCUUUAAGAACGACGGGUACUUCGCCACCUCAUGCGCUGCGACGUACUGCGCCUUCUUCGGCAUCCACGUCCCCGUCAUGAUGGUGGCGAUAGGUGGCGAUGGCAAGGGCGCUUUCGACAUCCUGGAGUCGUCGCUCUUCGGCAAGCAAAACUCGGCGACGCUCGACCCGUCCAUAUUCGUUGACGACAACGAGUGGCGGAAGAGCGCUCACUUCGGCCUACACAAGAAGCGGGUUUGCAUUAAGGAGUCCAAAACAGGGUCGUCUCACAUGCGGAUUAACGUGGACGUGCUCAAACGCUUCAUUGCAGGCGAGGAGCUGACUGUGAGGGCCAACUUUGGAUUCUCCAGCGAAGUCCGCUUCAACAGAAUGAAGAAGCAGCAGAGCUGCAACUACGACGACGUGGUGUCGACGCGUUGGUACAUCCGCCGCCUGACCAACCAGCAGUGCGAGCCCAGGCCCAAGUGCGUCAUGGACUCCUCAUCGGGGGCCGGCAACGGGCGAUCCGGCGGCAGCGACACCGACUGGGACACGCUUGCUGGCUGCCUGAAGACGCCCGCAGAGGCGCGCAAGUUAUCGAAAGGCAGGGGUAGACAAGUGGGGGACUGGAAAGUUGCAAAAGAGUUAUGCAGUGGACUCGACGUUCCAAGAGCUUCCGCGUAUGCGAAAUUUGUGUCGCUGGCGAAAAGUUGCGGGCCGUUGGCCGAUUACUUGGUCCAGGAAGACACCGGCGUGAACUUUUUCGGCAAGCAGCAGCGCUACGCGCUACUAUUCCCAGUCAUGGCUGGCGUGAUGCUGCAGCUUUCCAGAGAUUUCAAGAUUCUUGCGCCGGCGGCGCCCCCCAGCGAAAGAUGGCUCAUGGGGGCUCGCCCUGGGGGCGCAGACCAUUUCUUGUCUGACGACGAACAGGAGCUUCGCCAGAUCGGCAGCUCCGUGGUCUGCUCGGUUGCAGACGUCGUGGACAUCGCCGCCUUGAUUGGCCACGUCGAGUCUGGAGCCGACAGGCGACAGGUCCAGGUUCAGGGCUAUGCUCGCUUAUUGGACAAUCGGGGAACAGCCUCCACGGAGGCCGCUGCAGACGGCGAGCAGCGGCCACUGAAGAGUCUCCUUCGAAAGUACGUGAAGCAAGGUUAUGGGCGACUUCAUACAGUGGGCCCUUCUCUGCAGAAGAUAACCAGGGAAGCUCGGUGCGCCGCUCUGGCUGGGAUUCCAGGAGGCGUUUUAGAACUUGACAUAAAGGUUGCGUUCUUCAGCUUGUUGGUUGUGGCCUUAAAGCGGCACGAGCAGAUCUGCGUCGAGGCAGAGUUCCCACUGCUGUGCGACAUCGCCAGCAACUGGGGCGGGUGGAAGAGUUUUGUCUCUGGGUACUUCGACGUCGGGGUGGACGUCGCCAAGAAGCUUCUCAUCCCGGCGACCAGUCCCUACGGGCGGCAAUCGCCAGAUCCAGCGCAGCGGCCUGACUGGCUUCCGCAUUUGGAUUGCGUGCAAACAGAAGUAUCGAAUGCCUGUCGAUUUCUUCUCGAGCACGACGCUCUUUAUCAGGAAGUUGCGAAAGCAAGGCCUGAAUGCAGCUCGCUCCACAUCUUUCUGGGCGAGCUGGAGUGCCGGGUGAUGAUGAGCAUGAAGCAUAUUUUAGAGGAAGCAGGGGCCGUGCCAAUUUCUCUGGUCUACGACGGCAUCUACUUCAGGCCAAUGGGGCUUGACGUGCACGACGAGGGCUUCAUCGGACUUGUGACUGCAGUCGAAGCCGAGCACGGCGUAUCCUUGCAUCUGAAAGACCUAAGCGGCGCGGAGAUACCCUGGAGGAGUUCCGCUCCCGAGCCUGGAGAAGGGGCCCGAGGUCAGGGUGGCGCCCCUCCUUCGCCGCCGUACCACAACGAUUUCUCUUCUCUCCUGGCGGCAGCUUGCGAGAAGUCGCAGCAGAAGCUCCAGGCUGCCCCCGGAGAAAAUAUGUGCGCUGUGAGCGCGCUCGCCAAUAUGGAUUUGGUUGCGGGGGAGCCGAGCCAGUCAAAGUUCGCCUGUGGACCAUAUUCUUACCGACAGUUGCAACAUAUUUAUCCUUCUCUGGCGUUCCAAGAGGCGCAGCUGAGCGACGUGAUCUGCGCCGACGCCGCCCACUUCUUCCUGUUGCACAUUGGGGCGCCAGGAACUCGCGGCCACGCUGUUGGUCUUCGCGCCCACGGGGACUCGCAGCAGAUGCUGGUGUUCGACUCGCACCGGGACUUCGUGAUGCAGAUUGGCGAUGAGGCCUUGUACGACCUGGUUGCCCAAUGGGACGAGGGCCGACGCCAUGCUCGCCUGCUGCAAGUUACCGAAGACGGGCCUGUCGAUGGCAACGCCGAGUCAGAUUUGUUGGAAUUGAUUGCUGGCUCCUCUCGGCCGUGCGUGAAGAAGCCUGCGGGUCAAGGUUGCUUGAGGCGGCCCGCCGAAGCUCCGAGUUUCCCGACGCCCAAGAAAGGGCGGGCAAGGGCCGCCGCCCGCAGCCUGGUCGGGCGAACGGCAAAGGCGUCAGCGAAGUCUAAGGCAUACAGGAACACGAAGUACGUGCGCCACGGCAAGCCGACGACGAAGAGCAGGGGCGACCGCGACAAGUGGAGCAUCGACCUUGGAUCCAUCUUGGAGAUGCCUGACGAUAAGCUCUACCGCCGGUGCAUCCGCGAUAACAUCCUGGACAACAAGGAGGGCAAGAUGUGCAACCGCAAGGGCUGUCAGAAGUUCACUGUUCCACAUGCUCAUCACCCCGUCUUCUCUACUGGGUGGGGGGCCACGCAUUCGCCUUUCAAGAAGCAGGUGGCCAUCUUGUUCAGCAUUCUAGCAGGAGGAAGCAAUCCCACGAUUCGCAGAUUGAUCUCUUCCGCAAACCACAAGGCGAUCGAAAGGAUCUCGAUUGCCGUGAAGAAGCAGCGCGAGAAGUUUGUCAAGAAGCGAGAGAAGACGAUCGUUUUCGGGGUUGGCAACGACCGCGACUGGAGGGACGCUGAAGCAGAUGAAGCAGUCUUUGGAAGGGCAGCCAAGGCGGACGACCCCGAGAGCGUGGAAUGGGAGCAAUGGGCGGGCAUCGUGGAGCGAGGCCGGCCCGAGUCGCUGGUGCUGGCGAAGACUACCGCGGCUCCCACGGUGAAGAGGGCUCCUGGGCCAGGCGCAAUCAGGAAGGUCGAUUGGGCGCUUCUGGCAAACCGCUACUUGAAAGGUAGGCGCAUUAUUUUGCAUACGGACCGCGCUAAGAGCUACGCCAUGCGAGUUGAGGGAGUGUUGCACGAUUCAGUGCGGCACUGCAAAAAGAGAGUGAAAAAAAAUGGCAAGUGGGUGUGGAUGAAGCCGUGCUACGCGCGCUUGGCAACUCAUAAGCUUCCAUGUGGUAGGAAGUUGCGCACCAAGGCCGGCUCCCAGGUUAUCGACAGCGCUUGGAAAUACAUCCGCUCAACCUUGGGAGGCCAGACAAUGGUGCCCAAUUCUGAGACGGCCGCCACUGCAAUUCGCAGCGCCCAGUGGCUUUACUGGCACAGGGGCAAAGACCUUUGGGCCGAGAUGGGAUCCACGUUCUGUGCCAACUUUUGGCGGAGGUAA